AUGGUGUUUGCUGGGACAAAUAUCAGUUUGUUCCAGCCGGAUAUCACGCAAAAACUAACGGAGCGUAUAGAUGACCUGAAGCAAAAAAUCGCUGCUUGGGGGAAGCGGAUUCGACGAUUUAGCGAGAGAUCAAGGCGGUUCAACCAGAAUCGUCUCUUCCAGAGUGAUCAGAAGAGGCUCUAUAAAUCAUUGGAGCGACAAGAGGUAUGUGGAGCGGGCCCAGGACCGGAUCAGGCUGACACUGUCGCAUUUUGGCGUGGCCUGUGGUCAGAGCCCGUAAACCACAGCGAGGGCCCUUGGAUGGAAGUUGUGGCGAGCCAGAGUGCAAGCGUUACGCCUAUGGACCCCGUCACCAUAACGCCUGAAGACGUGGCUGAGGCGGCCCGUAGGGCCCCGAACUGA